GACUGCUCAACUACAGGAUGAUGUGCGCCGCAUACUUAGAUGAUGUAGCACAUGAUGCUUCAGCAGUUACCACUGGGGGCUACUUAGGGAGGUAAGUGCAUGGUUAGGUACGGGACUGCAUAGUACUUACCCCCUUAACCUCUGAGACCUCCUCCUUCCCAUUCAAUGACUUCGAUCUCGCACUCAGACAUCUCAUCUUUUCCCUCUUCCAUCCUAACUAAAUCUAAACCUCAAGAACAUUAUUCGAGUUUCAUUGCUGAUAUUCUUCCGACAUAUCCACUCCUCUCGUUCACGUUACAUAGCUCUCUUUAUACGUUUUGAUGUUCAUUAUUAUUAUUUUCCCACGAUUCUUGCCUAGGUACUUUAUACCAUUGUCUUCAAUGAAGUGGUUUGUCGAAGACGCUCAUUAAUCUAGGACUUAUUCCCAAAUCAACAGGAUAUCGUCAACAAUAUAGGAAUAGCGCGUAAUAAAUUCAUCAAUUAAGUCUUACUCAAGAUGUUUUCUCCGUUACACGAACAAGACCAACCCGCCCCUGAUCCUCCUCCUCCUCCCCCUUCCUGGACGCAGCGGUUGCAGUCAUGGCUCUUAAAUUUAUUCUCAACGAAGAACAAUAUGGUUUUUUUCUCGAGUAUUGCUAUCGGUCUGUAUGGAUAUGACCAAGGUAUGAUGUCCUUGGUCAAUACAAAUCGUUCUUAUCUCCGCACUAUGGCUAUAUCAGAAGACUCUCCUUUUGUAGGCGUCAUCGUUUCCAUUUACUACAUUGGAUGCCUACUUGGAGCCAUUGCAGCCUCAUCUUUAGCGGACAAGAGGGGGCGAAAGACCGCAAUCUGGGCUUGCCUUUGGACGAGUAUCAUUGGUGAUAUCCUCAUGUUCAUCCCUGGUAUAUAUCCCUUCAACUCUGACAGUUCAUGGGGUGGAGGCUCGAUGGUUCUUAUGAUUAUAGGCCGUGUGGUUCUUGGACUAGGUAUUGGAGGCAUUGAUGCUGUAAUUCCAAUCUACAGCUCGGAGCUCUCUAAGGACGACGCCCGCGGCAAAGCAAUGGCAAAGGAGUUUCAAGCAAACGUUGCAGGACUGCUCAUCGCAUUCUCGAUCAACGUUGGACUUACUCUAUUGUGGGGGAAAGAUAGUCAAUGGGCCUGGAGAUCACCUAUUGUGGCUAUGCUAAUUUGCCCUAUCAUACUCCUCCUCAUAGUUAGGGGCUUGCCGGAAUCGCCGCGUUGGUUUAUAAGUCAAGAGAGGCAAGAAGACGCGAUGAGCGUUCUCGUAAAACUCCAUGGCGAAGAUGAAGCGAAGCCUAAGUUUGAGGAACUUCGCAUAGCCCAACAGGAAGAAACGGAGCACGGGAUCGGAUACUACGACAUGAUCUGGUUCACUGGUAGCCAAUUUCAUCCCACCAUGAUUACAGUAAUGGGCCAGAUCAACCAAGCAUUGACAGGCUACGGAGCUGUCUCAGUGUAUGGUCCACAGAUAUUUGAGCUCCUAGGAUUUCCAGUGCAAGAAGCCGAGUUUUGUACUCUCGGAAACUACAUUUUUUACUUUGCCAUGAUGACCUUCGCUUGGUGGCAAAUCGACAAACAAGGUCGGAGGAGGUUGAUGCUCCUAGGAUCAGUUGGACUGUCAAUUUUCUAUCUUGUUUUGACCUUCUUGGGUUCUCAAUCAAUAACGGAAAAAUCUGGCCCUCCUAACUGGUGGUUGCCAUCUUUGGGCAUAGCCACACUCUACGCGUCAACGGCAACUUUCGGAAUAUGUUGGCUGACUACUGUUUGGCUAAUUCCAACUGAAAUUUACCCGAACUAUGCGCGCGCAACAGGGAGCUCUAUUAGCGUCAUCGUAUGGGGACUGUCCAACUUUGUCGUUACGUUGUUAACGCCUAUUGGAUUCAAUAAUCUGAAGUACUGGCUAUUCCUUGUGUUUGCUGUCACCAACAUAGUAGCGGGAAUCCUCACCUGGCUAUUAUCACCCGAGACCGGUGGCAGGAGCUUCGAGGAAAACCAGAGGUUCUUCGCAUUAGCCAAAGACGAUGGUAGCUGGCUCGUGAAGAACAUUGCCGGUGGGAAAUAUAGGGCCAUGCCGCCAAAGGAGGAUAACCACAAGGAUUUGGACGUUGAAAAUGCCGAAGCAGAAGACGCUAAGGGUGAAAAUGCUAGAGGGAAAAACAUUCAGGAUCAACCCCUGGAAACGACACCCCUAUUGGGGGAACGGAUCGAAUAGGGGUAAGGUUUUUAUGUGGGCAAUAGAUCAACUAGCGAUGAAAGUCAUUGAUGAGUUCAAUAAUGAGAAGUAGCGAGUACAUUCAGUAACAAUAGCGAAAUUACGAGAUUUUGUAUCGUUUAAUUUAGUCCAA